AUGAACACCGAGGCCCCGGGAGAGGCCCACGCUGCCGGCAACCCCCGCCAUGGCCCUCCCGAGGCCACCCUGGGCAGCGCGGCACACAACAGGUCUGCAGAUGGCCCAGCAGCAGGGACCCAGGGCCAAGACGCCACCCAGGCAGAUGGCUGGUCGGCCCGCAGCGCCGCAGCACCCGACAGACUGCAGGACCUAGACCAGCCCACUUCCCAGGCCACGUCACCAUCUGGGGACAAAGACAAGAAGGGAGCCGUUCCAGGUGAUGGACAGGAGGAGCCUGAACAGGUCACGUCUCUGCUUCCCCAAGAGCCUGCUGCCCUGCAGGUGCCCGGGAGCCCCCAGAGUCCGGCGUGGGACCAGCUGCCUGAAGACAGGCGGGCGGCUUGGAGUCCCGCGGUCUGGACAAGUGACACCCAGGGCAAGGAAAGGACCCCGCAGACGGCGAGUGUCCUCGGGCAGCUGGAACCGGCUGCAGCCACCCCGGGAGCUAUGGCUCCUUCCGCCCUCGAUGCUGACGCUCAGCCCCUGCAGGCCAGCAGCCCCGAGGCCUUUGACCCGGACAGCGGGGCUCUGCUGGCCAGUGAGUCCCAGCUGGUGAUGGAGGAGGACUCCACGGACAGCUCGAGGGACCUGCAGUUCCAGUCGUUCCCUCCCUCCCCAGGGGGCAGCUCCCCGCCCUCGCCGGGCCCCAGGCAGCUGGGCCGGGGCAGGCUUCUGGACUCCGACCUGUACGAGGCCGACGAGGAGAACAACUACAUGCGCUCCAUGAGCAGCCUGCUGGGCGGCGGUGAGGGCUCCAUCAGCUCCCUGGCCGACCUGCUGGUGUGGUCCGAGUCCACCAUGGGCAUGGGCAUGGCCGUGGGCUUCCUGGCCUCGGGCCACAGCUCCCCCACGGACCUGCUGCACAGCACGGGGCCCAGCCUGCGCUCGGUGUCCAGCAUCCUGGGGAACGCCAGCUCGGCCUUCUCGUCCGGGCUGACUUCUGGCACCGGCUCGGCUCUGCGCUCCGUCACCCACGUGCUGGAGACGGUGGAGCGGCGGACGAUGGAGGGCAUCCGAUCCGCCAUGCGCUAUCUCACCAGUCACCUCCCUCUGCGCCGGGCCCACGCCGGCCCCAACGGCGACUAG